AUGUCACUGAUUGCACAAGAAACAAAAAGACACCUAAUUAUUGUACCAGGUCAUUCGGUUUGGAAAAAGACAAAUGAUCCCUUGAAUCUAGGGCAGUUAUCUGAUCAUUGGGUAUUAGCACCCUUCCAAUUAGAAGGAAAUGAUCAUUUAACCAUGAUAAAACAUGGAUUAAAGGCCAUAAUAGAAUUAGUUAAAGAGUAUGAUGGUCUUACUGAUCAAAAUUUAAUAUUAUACAGUGGAUCGAAAACAAAGGUAAAUAUAGAUCAAAGUGAGGGGAAGUCUUAUUAUGAAUUAAUGAAAAGAUUAUUGCUUGAAACUAAUCCAACCGUAAUCAAUAAUGUUUUUCAGAAUCUCGAUAAACAAAUAAUCGAAAUGAUUAAUGAAAUUCACAAAAUUGGUAAAAUUAAUGACGUAUUCAAAAAAGAUGUCAUAAACUAUGAAGAAUAUGCCUUGGAUUCGUUUGAAAAUUUAUAUUACUCUAUAUUGAAAUUUAAGCAAUUGAAUAGUUCCAAAAAAUUACCUAAUAAAAUUACCAUUGUUGGAUUUGAAUUCAAAAGAAAAAGAUUUGUGGAGCUGCAUGCGGCUAAAGCCUUAGGAUAUAAUAAUUUAGAGUAUAUUGGAAUAGAUCCGAAUCCAAUAGCAUUAACUGCGGAAAAAAGGGUGAAAUAUUUUGCAGAUUUAGCUGUACAAGAAAAUAAAUAUGGCUAUGAACCAUUUGUAAAGGAUUGGUACGGGGUUAAGGUUCCCUUGCUCGAGAAAAAAUUGAAAAGAAAUGUAUUCAAUAUGGUGGCUGCUGAUUAUUAUUAUCCUUAUUUGGUAGAUUUAAAACACGAUGGUGAUGAUUUUGAAUUUUACACUAAGGUGGUUAAACCAUCAUUAUUCUAUUGA